CGAAUGUAAUCCAUUUGAGAGAACUACGUGGCAUACUGCUAUCCAUUGUUCUUUUCAAUUCAGUUCUCAUAUGUCUUCUUCCACUUGCUUCUCUUCCUUUCUCUCUCCUGCCUCAAACGACCAACAAUGGCGUGGCGACUCCCAACUCAGUUAGCAACACCUGGCAAACUCCACCAUAACCAUAGCCACCGUCAAUUAGCUGUCUUCACUCACUCCAACUCACUGGCAUGGCGGCGCAAUUUAGCACCAGACACUCUCUUUUCUCUCUCCGCUUCAUUUCUUUCUAGAGGUAAAUGUGAUGUAUGGUCGAGACUGACUUGCAAUGCAAGUGCGGCGGAGGCAACGGUGCCUGCAGCUGCAAUGAAUCUGGCACCGGGGACUCCAGUAAGGCCGACGAGUAUACUGGUGGUUGGAGCCACCGGAACUCUUGGAAGGCAAGUUGUCCGGCGGGCGCUUGAUGAAGGCUACGAAGUACGCUGCCUUGUCAGGCCACGUCCUGCUCCAGCUGAUUUCCUUCGUGAUUGGGGCGCCACUGUCGUCAAUGCAGACCUUAGUAAACCAGAGACCAUACCAGCAACAUUGGUUGGGGUUCAUACAAUUAUCGACUGCGCAACAGGACGGCCAGAAGAGCCCAUCAAAACGGUAGACUGGGAAGGAAAAGUUGCUCUUAUACAAUCUGCAAAAGCAAUGGGAAUCCAGAAAUAUGUGUUCUAUUCUAUCCAUAACUGUGACAAGCAUCCUGAAGUUCCACUAAUGGAGAUCAAAUAUUGUACUGAGAAAUUUCUUCAGGAUUCUGGCCUUAAUCACAUUAUAAUCCGGUUAUGUGGUUUCAUGCAAGGCCUCAUCGGGCAAUAUGCAGUACCUAUUCUAGAAGAGAAAUCUGUUUGGGGAACAGAUGCACCCACAAGGAUUGCUUACAUGGACACCCAGGAUAUAGCACGAUUGACAUUUAUAGCAUUGCGAAAUGAGAGCAUAAAUGGGAAGCUUCUCACUUUCGCCGGUCCUCGAGCAUGGACAACCCAAGAGGUCAUCACAUUGUGUGAAAGGCUGGCAGGGCAGGAUGCAAAUGUUACCACAGUUCCAGUUUCGAUCUUAAGAUUAACCCGUCAACUGACUCGGAUUUUUGAGUGGACAAAUGAUGUUGCUGAUAGAUUGGCAUUUUCGGAGGUUCUAACAAGCGAUACUGUUUUCUCUGCUCCUAUGAGUGAAACAUACAAUCUUCUCGGUGCGGAGCCAAAAGAUAUAGUCACAUUGGAGAAAUAUUUGCAGGAUUACUUCACAAACAUAUUGAAGAAAUUGAAAGACUUGAAAGCCCAAUCAAAGCAAACGGAUAUUUUCAUAUAAAGUUAAAAUCCACUAUAUAUGAAGUGUAAAGCUAUAUUAUGCUUUCUCAAGCUUCACUCUUGGCCAAAGCAAAUCUUAACUCAUAGCAUUCAUUUUUAUUCAAUUUCCAAUUUACUUUUUUUCUGUA